ACGAUCGCGAACUUGAAUUUAUUGCUUGAAGUGUGCAGGGCAUGGUGAGCUCCAUGGCUGAGGUGAUGCAAAAUUAUAAUUAUCAAUCCCUUUAAAGCUAUUUCGGAAUUUCAGGUAUGUGAAAUGCUCUAAGACGGAUUUGAUAAUUGAUUCUGGAUCGGGUCUGGCUUUGAAGGUGAUAGGCCCUUUUUCUUCACAUUGCUCAGAAGAAGAUAAAUAGGAUACUUUGUUUUCUGGCUUCGAAUUUAUGAGAAGACCGGCUUCCGAUGCAUGCACUUCUGAUAAUUGCCAUGGCUCAUUUCCAGUUUCUUUUUUAUAUCUUUUGUAUAAUUUGGAACGAAUCUUAUCUGUCAAAAUACUUGGUAACCCAGUUAAUUUGGCAUGCCAAUCUCAUCAGUAAUCCCAUAAUAAUCAAAAUUUUCACUACUACAUUCUCUAUAUAGAUUAGGAUAUUAAUCCAAUAUCUUGUUGCG